AUGUUGGAUUUGUGGUAUCAAGAGACCGGGCAGCUCUUCCGGCUCCACCGGGAGCCUUGCGCCUCCCAGGAAAAGCUUCACUGGGGAGGGCGGGGCCGCGGCGCGGGGCGGGUUCUGGCGGCCCGGGUGUCACACACGCGGCGGUUCGGGAGGCGGCGGCAGCGGCAGCGGCAGCGGCAGGCGCCGCCGGGACGGGCACGGGCGCGCGGCUCGGGGGGGCGCCGGCUGCCUCCCUCCGUCGCUCGCUCGCUCUCCCUCCUGCUUGCUCGCCGGCUGCGGGGCCGGGCUCUCUCCCAGCGCUCUCGGGAAGGAAGAAGGGGGGCCAAAGACGCCGACAAGUUCCCGCAGCAGCCGCAGAUCCCGGCCCAGGCGGAGGCUGCGGCUCAGACGGGGCAGGAGAGCGCUCCGCGGCGGAGCGCACGGCCAGAGCGUCCCAGGCGGGGGGCGCCCGGGCCUUUCGCUCUCCGCGGGGCCGCGGUCCGGGAUCCCAUGAGACGCGCCCGUGAGGGGCGAGAGAUCCGAAGCCCGGGCGGCGAGAGGCAGAGGCGGAGGGCGGUGCUGCAGCUGCUGGAAGCCGGGAUCGGCCGGCAGGAGGCGGCGGAGAGAACUUGA